GAGACGGAUUUAGUAUCGCUUAAAAGUGUGUCGUACUCGGGUAAAAUAAGUGUCUAUGUGUAUAAAUAUUUAGUAUUUGAUUUCGGAGCAUUCUAUGCGCGAUGUGUAUAAAAAAAAAAUUAAAGUACAAGUAUAAGAAAGAUUUUUCAUGAUCUCAAGCAAGUUUAUUGUACUUUGUCUUAAAAAUUUAAUAACAAGGUUAUAAUAAUCGCACUAGAGUUGCCAUCAAGUGAAUUUUUUAGCAGGCUCUGCAUGGGUCCCGUUUUAGUUGCUGGCGUUCUAAGCUGCCAGUAGCAAUUUACGUUCAGUCUAAAUAAAAAUUUACUAGCAUCCGGCCAUUUUGUUUUUGUUUGUGAACAAUACGCUUAAUUGUGUAAAAUAUCGGAAGAAAAUUUAAAGAAAGCACAUUCGAAGAAAGGAAAAUAAUAUAUAAUCUUCGAAAGAAAGGAAAAAGGUUGCAGCAUAUAUGAAAAUCCACCAACCAUCCACAACAUUUUGCAGAGAAAUCAGGAAGGCCGGAAAAACUUUAAAGUCGUGAUAAAGUCGAUAUUGUGCCUCGCUCAGUAUGCUGGAAUACUUGUCAGUGAUGAAGUUAUACGCAGGACGCUUAGGGCUGCUGGCUAUAAUGGUCGAACCCCACGAAUAAAGCCGUUUAUGAAAGAUAAAUUUGAAAGAACACAAAAUAACAUCUAAAAACGGCAUCCAAGAAGCAAUUCUCAAAGAGUGGGGAGAAAUGUCUACGGGGCAAACAAAAUAAGAUUAAAAGAAGUUAUAAAAUGAAUGAAUAUGCUACAAGAUAUUAAUUAAGAGUAAAAUUAAUUUAAGUUUAUAUAUUUUACGAAUACUUUUGUUAUAUAUUGUAAAUUCACCGAAUUUUUUGGUUCAGUGUUGUUACCUAUACUUUUACAAGCUAAAAUGAAAACUUAAUUUUUGAGUUUAAAUGAAAGUUAAAACUGCACUAAAAAUUAAAUAAUAUAUUUUAAUAAUAAAACUUUUGAAGGAAUUGCAAGCAUUAUUAAUAAUAUAAUAUUAAUAAUAUAAUAACCUAUUAUUUCUUUUCUAAUUUUUUAACUAUGUAUGUAAGGUAUAUCUAAGAUAACGUUAAGUGGCGUGAAAUUUUCUGAUAGCAAAUAAACAACUAGUAAUGUGUUUAUUUUAACUGUAAUUUAUGUUUUAUAUUUCCCACCUUCCUUGCUAUGUGCAACUUACAAACACACACAAAUGUAAAUAUUCGCCUACUACACAAACACAUCAUUCAACACCAUCGAUAUUAUUUCCCUCAUUUGAUUUUGAUUGUUUAUAUCAGUUUAAUAUUUUUUGCUCUUCUCCGUUUGCCUACACACACAUAUAUGCAUUACACAGCGCACACAAUUCGUUAAUCAAAACAUGGCGCCCAAUUAAAAAUUAAAACUUGAUUGGCAUGUAUGGCACAGUGCGCUGGAAGUGUGUAACAUAUGAAUUCAAGUGCUUAGCUCAACCGCUCCUCCGCUGCACCACCACACCAAACUACACACGCACAUACAUAUGUAGAUAGGUAUGCAGUAUAUAGCGCGCGCUACUUCAAGCUGCUUACCUGUAAAUAUUCAAAAGUCUGCUACUCGCUGUCACAGUCGAGCGCUGAAGGUGCGCUCCCACAGAAGUUAUUUUCGCAAGUGCAGAAACGUGAUUAAAAAUAAAAAUUUCACGUGCUUACAUACAUACACACACGCAUAACUGCGAUACGUUCAUCAUUUAACGCUUGACGCCCGCGCAAUUACCUGCUUCGCCCAACAAUGCGCUUAAGUGUGAUCUUUAGCGACACCAAUUCGUCGACCAGCGUCACAGCGACAACAGUUUUGACUGCCCUUUCGAUUUUAUCCGCGAUUAAUGGAUCUGUCGCACGCGUCGGCGGUCGUCAGCUUGCCAGCAGGUACUUCGAUAUCAACGAUGACGUAACGGUGAAUGUCAAUGCGGAGAAUACGCGUCCAAUUAUCGGCAUCCUAACGCAGGAAAUUUCAAAUUUCGUGCGCCGCAAUUAUCCCGAUAAAGAGUACAGCAGCUACAUUGCCGCUUCGUAUGUGAAAUUUGUUGAAGGCGCCGGCGGACGUGUGGUGCCAAUUUGGAUUGGUCGUGGAAGAGAGUAUUACGAGGAUAUAAUGUCAAAAAUAAAUGGUGUAUUGAUGCCGGGUGGUGCGACAUUUUUCAACCAAUCUUACGGCUAUGCCGACGCUGGCCAACAUUUAUACAACAUCGCCAUCAAAAUGAACGAACGCGGCACCUACAUGCCUAUUUGGGGCACUUGCUUGGGAUAUGAGUUGCUCGUCUAUUUGACGUCCAACGGCACAGAUUUGCGCACCGAUUGUUCGUCAUCGGCACAAGCAUUGCCAUUGGAGUUCGAGAAGGGUUACAGAGAGAGCAGACUCUUUGCUCCAGCUAGCGAUGAAGUGGUGAAGAUCUUCAGCACAUACAAUGUCACGGCGAAUUUUCACAUAUUCUGCUUUACGAAGAAGACUUUUGCAGACCAUGGCUUAAAUAACUCCUGGAGUGUGCUGAGCAUAAAUCACGACUGGAAUGGUGCGGAAUUCAUAUCGACCGUCGAGCACGUCAAAUAUCCAUUUUAUGGCGUUCAAUUCCAUCCUGAAAAAGUACUUUACGAAUUCAUUCCGAAUCGAAAUAUUACUCACACCUCACAAGCGGUUAUCGCCUCGCAGUAUUUCGCAGACUUCUUUGUGAAUGAGGCACGCAAGAAUCGCAAUAACUUCGCUAAUAGCACCGAGGAAAUCGAUGAACUCAUCUAUAAUUACCAACCAGUAUAUACGGGCGCUAUAGGCUCCGCUUUUGUACAGCAGUAUUUAUUUGAAGCACGCAGCGCCGGCACAGUCUCAACGAAUCGCACAGUCGCAACGGCCGGCGCCAUACAACUGCAUUGUUUCCUGGCGCUAAUUACGUUAUUAAUUUUGGGCGCUUGGAGGCGUGUAUGACGUCAUACCAUUUAUUGUGCUUCAAGGCGAUUCGGCCAUGAAGGCCGACACUCGUGAUGCUACUAACUCGCUUUAUAUGUUCAUUAUUAAUGUUAUCAACUGCUUCGUAAAGUUCCUACAUAAAUAUUCAAAUAAUGGCAGCUUCAAGUGUGUAUGUGUGUGAGCAUCACACGUCAAUGAAAAGUAAAGAGGCAUUAAUGUACGAAAAUUUACUGCUUUGAUAAUUAUUUGGGUUGGCAACUAAGUAAUUGCGGAUUUUUUUUUUUUUUAAAUCAAAGACAAUUUGGUCAUGCAAAUAAAUAACUUUAUUCUGUAAUGUAUUGCCCAUUUUGAUCAAUGACCUUUUGCCAUCUUUCAGGCUGCAUCAUAAUCCCACGUUCAUAAAACCUCUGGUUUUUAUUAGCAAAAAACUGAAUCAGGUACAAUUUGACAUCAUCUUUAAAGAAAUUUUUACCAUUAAGAAGUUUUGUAAAGAUCGAAACAAAAAGUAAUCCGAUGGUGCAAGGUCAGGACUAUAUGGUGGAUGUAGCAAAACAUUCCAAGCAAGCUCCAAUAACUUUUGCCGAGUGGCCAAAGAUGUGUGUGGCCUUGCGUUAUCAUGAUGGAAUACAACACCUUUUCGAUUUACCAAUUCGGGCCGCUUUUCUUCAACUGCAACAAAGUAGACAAUUUCUUUAUAAUCCCAUCAAACUGAUAACAAAACUUUCUUUUGAUGAAUACCAUGAAUACCAGCAUUUGAUGUUGUUUGAGCUGAUUCACCUGCCCUGCAUCGCGAUCUUUUCCGCUCGAUAUUGUUGUAAACAACCCAUUUUUCAUCGCCAGUUAUCAUUCGUUUUAAAAAUGGAUAAUUUUUAUUACGUUUAUUUAGCAAAUCGCAGCUGUUAAUGCGUUUCUUUCAGUUCGUGAGGAACCCAUGUAUCGAGUUUUUGAACAUAGCCACGCUGUUUUAAGUGAUUUUGAAUGCAUGUAUGUAAUACCUGAAACUUCUCUGCAAUCUCACGUGUUGUACUAUGACGAUCCGAAUCGAUUAUUGCUUUGAUUAGGUCGUCAUCAACUUCAACUGGACGACUAGAGCGUUUUUCAUCUUUGAGUGAAAAAUCACCAGAACGAAAUUUGGCAAACCAAUUUUGAUACUGCCGUUCUUUUAUGGUUUCGUCGCCAUAAACAGCACAUAACUUUUUGUGAGCUUGCGAUGCGUUUUUCCCUUUGCGAAAAUAAAAAAGCAAAAUAAGACAAAAAUGUUCCUUUUGAUCUUCCAUUUUUCAACGAACGCCAAACGAAAACUUCGCAACCGAUCAAAAAACUUUUUUUUAAUGAUUGACAACUGAAUUGCCAACUAUCAAAUAACAAAAUGUGAUUUACAUUUGGACUACGCCAGCAAAACUAACAAUUCAACUGAAGCCAUCUAUGAGUGAAAUCCGCAAUUACUUAGUUGCCAACCCAUAAUUUAAAAAUAUUUUGUUAUUUAAUUUUUAAUUUAAACAUCAUCUAAAAGUAAGCGGAACAUAUUGGCUUCUUACUAAAAGGUACAUACCCUUACAUACUUAUAUAGGCCCAAAACUAAUGUCUCAUGCUUAAGCUUGUAAAUAUGUAUACCUACAUACAACGUCAACAAGCAUAAUUUUAUACUUUAAGCUAAAUUGUCUCUUAAAGCACACCACAAAUUACUUUACUCCAAACCCCAUUACUGUAAACGAUCUUCUACGAUUUAUAUGUUCAGUGGAAAAUAAUCAAUACCAUUAUCAGUAAGUGCAAAAAAUAAUAAUAAAUGUAAUAAAUAAAUUAAAAAAUUAAAA